GCACACGGUACUACCGGAAAAAACCUGACUGAGCGGAGCGACGCCACGAGGGAGACCAGCAUCAAUUUAAAAAGGAUUUGGUAAACAAAAUGGACGAGUGGGAUGAAGAGGAAACUACCACUACUACUGAUAUACUGACCAGCCUCAACUCAAGUGAAGGCACACAAGGAGACUCCUGGAAGACUGGUGCUGGAGAGUCUGGAAGGGGUCGUGGUGGAAGAGGCAGAGGCAGACAAGGAGGAUUUCAAAGCUCAUUCUCCACAGAUGGGGACAGCUUGAACAGUACAGGAGGGGAGAGAGGUGGUUUCAGAGGCCGAGGAGGCAGAGGGCGUGGCAGAGGAUUUGGCAGGACGGAUCUCAGUGAAUUCAAUGGAGACGAAAAUGGAGGGUGUGAAAGUGGGUUCAGAGGUGGAAGCCGAGGAAGAAGAGGCAGCAGAGGAGGAGAUUUCAGACAAGGUGGAGACCAGGGUGGCAGAGGAGGCUUUGGAGGAGGGUACCGUGGGAAAGGCGAGGAGAUUUUUGACAAAGGGGAAGAUAAAAAUGAAGAAAAGAAAGAUCCAAGUAAUGGUGAAAGACCGAGGGUCACGUAUAUUCCACCAUCCCUGCCUGAGGAUGAAGACUCAAUUUUUUCCCACUAUGAGUCAGGCAUCAACUUUGACAAGUAUGAUGACAUCAUGGUGGACGUCAGUGGAACCAACCCACCGCAUGCCAUUUUGACUUUUGAUGAGGCAGCAUUGUGCGAGAGCCUGAAAAAAAACGUCCAGAAGUCUGGUUAUGUGAAGCCGACCCCCGUGCAGAAGCACGGCAUCCCAAUCAUCUCUGCUGGCAGAGAUCUCAUGGCUUGUGCCCAGACUGGAUCUGGUAAAACGGCUGCGUUCCUGCUCCCUAUCCUGCAGCAGCUGAUGGCAGAUGGUGUGGCGGCCAGCAGCUUCAGUGAGUUACAGGAGCCUGAAGCCGUCAUCGUGGCCCCGACCAGGGAGCUCAUCAACCAGAUUUUCCUGGAAGCCAGGAAGUUUGCCUUUGGGACGUGUGUGCGUCCAGUAGUGGUUUAUGGUGGAGUCAGCACUGCACACCAGAUUAGAGAAAUCUGCAGGGGGUGCAACGUGGUGUGUGGAACACCGGGGAGACUGUUGGAUAUGAUUGGAAGAGGAAAGAUUGGUUUGAGUAAGCUGCGGUACUUGGUGCUGGAUGAGGCUGACCGGAUGUUGGACAUGGGUUUUGAGCCUGACAUGCGUCGCCUGGUGGGCUCCCCUGGAAUGCCGUCCAAAGAGAACCGUCAGACUCUGAUGUUCAGCGCCACCUACCCCGAGGACAUCCAGAGGAUGGCGGCUGACUUUCUCAAGACAGACUACUUGUUCUUGGCUGUGGGUAUUGUGGGUGGAGCCUGCAGUGAUGUGGAGCAGACUUUAAUCCAAGUCACCAAGUUCUGCAAGAGAGAUCAGCUCCUUGACAUCCUCAAAACCACUGGAAUGGAGCGCACCAUGGUGUUUGUGGAGACCAAGAGGCAGGCUGAUUUCCUCGCCGCUUGCUUGUGCCAGGAGAAGGUACCGACUACCAGCAUUCACGGUGACCGUGAGCAGCCGGAGAGAGAGAAGGCUCUGGCAGAUUUUCGCUCUGGCAAAUGUCCCGUCCUGGUGGCGACCUCCGUAGCUGCCCGCGGCCUGGAUAUUCCAGAUGUGCAGCACGUGGUGAACUUUGACCUCCCUAACAACAUUGAUGAAUAUGUUCACCGCAUUGGAAGAACUGGCCGCUGUGGGAACAUUGGGAGGGCGGUGUCGUUCUUUGACCCAGAUAAUGACGGUCAGCUGGCCCGCGCCCUCGUCACAAUGCUGUCCAAGGCCCAGCAGGAAGUGCCCUCCUGGCUUGAGGAGUCUGCGUUCAGUGGCCCCGGCGGAGCCACGGGCUUCAGCGGCCCUAGGAAGACCUUUGCCUCCACAGACUCCAGGAAGGGAGGAUCUUUCCAGGACAACGGUGUGAAGAGCCAGCCGGCUGUUCAGGCUGCAAAUGAUGAAGAGUUGUGGGAAUAGAGAGAGGAUUAGAGCCACACUCACACAGCGUUGAGUUAUUUUUCUUUUCAGGUGUUCAGCUUGUUGUUGUAUUAUCAAAGUAUUUUUGUUUGAAGGAAAAAUGUUUCUCAGGGCAGAAAUGGUUAAAAAAUGAAUAAAAAAUGUCCAUUGAGAUGUUAAACAGGGAAGCAGGUCUUUUGUAUAAUGAGACAGCUUUCUCAGUCUUCACUGGCCAGCAGUUUGUGUAAAUUUAAUUUUGUUUUUUAAAUCAUAACCAACAUUUAACGUGGUUAAUAAGCAACAGUGUGUCUGACCUUGAGACAAAACUUCAG